AUGGCGGCGCAACUUGAGACACAGGGGCUUACGGAGCAGGGAUCUCUGAAACCUGACGUGCUGCAGGAACAGGAACAGGAGGAGGGGCGGAUGAGACCAAGCCUACAAUUUACUGGUCAUCAACUCUUUUACGUCUUUGGUUUGGAUGGUGUGGGUGCCAUGCUUUUAUCCGGUGGCGUUAAUUUUGCAUUGGCUUACCCCAUGUACACCACUCAAGACACAGUCAACAACCCAAUACGCUUGUUUCAACUGCCGAACACUCUAUCGGGCGAUGCCGCUGUCACCAUCAUCAUCCAGUGCAUCCUUACCUGGUUCGUCGAGAUGGGUCUUGUAAGCUACGAUCUCUCCAAGCGGUCCGUCCAACCCGUCGGCUUCAUGCCCGAGCCAACAUCCCAGUGGAUGCGAUGGCUAUUCUUCCUACCACCCAAGACCGAGAAAGCGCCACCGCCUGAAGACUCUUCAUUGAUCAACACCAUCGUGCAAGGAGCACUACGAGGCUUCAUGUUUGCAAUUGCAGGCUUUGUACUCCUCUGGCCACUCUCUGUAGGCGUGUUGACCACGGUCGGUGAACGCGACGGCGGAGACUGGCGGUAUGAAGAUCGAUGGACACCGCAGGCUUUCAAGGCUAUUCUUGGUGGAGUUCUGAGUUUGCUGACGACGCCUUUGAUGGCUCUGUUCUGGCUUGUCAAGGCGGGCUGGGAGGGGAAUGAUGAGCGGUCUGAUGCUAGAGAGUCGAGGCGGGUUCAGUAUGCGAAUGCGCCCGUCUCCGCUGUUUAG